AUGAAUGCUGAGCCAUCUGGGAAUAAAGCACAACGUUUCAAGAGUUCUUCAGGAAAAAGGCAGGAUCAGUCCCAAGUCCCCCGCAUUUCUUCCCAGCUGAAAAGCAGCCUUGUCGGCGGCCCCCGGCAGGCAGGGGGUAAAGCUAAAGAAAGCUUUUACCUGGAGGCAAAGCCUGUAAAGAGUCGGCUGGGUCCCAGGUGUCAGGGGGCCCCAGGGAACCGGCUGUUCCUGGACUUUCAGUCCAUGACCAUUCUGGGUGAGGAUGCCGACGAGGACAGUGCCAGCGACCUCUCCGACUCAGAGAGAGUGCCCAUCGACCCUUCACCACUCACCCCUCCGGAUCUUCGCCUGAGAGCCGAGGAGGUGGAUCCAGCCUACGUCCAUCAUUCCCCAGAUCAAGGCCCCGUGAAGCCCGACUACUGCUACCCCGAUUUUCUCCCACCCCCCUUUAACUCCUGGGACCUACAGAAGAUGGCCGAGCUUCUGCACGCAGAGGGCAGGGUGGACGCCGUGCCGCGAGUAGGGGGCCUCCUUGGACACUUCAUCGGCCGCCUCGUUCAGCUGGAGUGGCUGCAGAUUCAGACUGUGCAGACUGAGAGAGCGAAGGGGACCAAAGCAAAGCCACCAGCUGCCCCCAGAACCUUCCGGGCUCUGAAAAGCCCCGGGAGAAGUAAGCUCAUGGCUGCUGCUCUGCCCAAGCCACUACCUCACCAGGAAGGGGUGUCACGGCCGGGCCCUUCACGGAAGCAAGAUGGGCACUAUGAAGAUGCCCGUCUGUCGUACAUCCCGUUUCAGACUUCGGCGAGACCUGUGGAUGGGCCAGGCAGCAGCAGGUUGUGUCCCAAGAAGCAGGCCCUGGAAACAAGAAAGGAGGAGAAGAGAAAAAGGACAAGUGGGGGCACCAGGCUGCAGCGGCCAGAACUGGCCCGCGGCGACAGCAGCGACAGCAAGGUCCGCACCCCUGGCAGCCUCCAAGCGCCCAGAUCCUCAGCCCUGAUUCUGGACUCCACGGACCCCUGGAAGGCCCCCAGGAGCCCCGUGCACACAGAUCUCAAGAAAAAGGGAAGUGCGGAUAACGGCAGUCGCACCAGUUCAGCCGGCGAGAAAAAGCCCAAGACCAGCGGGGCAAAGCGAGGCUCCUGUCAUUUCAAAUGA